UCCACGAGCCUUUCCUCAUCGCCCGGUCACUGACUACUUGCUGUUGGAACAAUGUCUCCAGGGAUUCAUGGUAGUUCAGGAGGAAGCUGUGACCCUCUAAACUUCUACUGCACCAAUUAUAACACCUCAUAUGGUCGCCCGGACUUUCCUGCUGCCAGCGUCUUGCGCUCUGGCACUCAUUCCCAUCGCAGCACCGGGUACCAAUCCAACUUUCGACCAGUUGUGUACUAUUCCCCCAACCUGGACCGAAAGGAUAACCCGCACAUGGGACUGAUCCUGCGGAACAAUUACACAUCAAUCACUAACAGAGACUUCACUCCUCAUCAACAUGUGACCGGUGCCGAGCCGUUACCCCAUGCACUUUACUCCCCACAAAGCGGAUACAUUAACAGCAGCGAAGUUACCAACAUCAAGUCUAAAGCUGUAAAGUCAGUUCAUUUUGACACUCGGGAUCAUGGUUCUGAAGUCAUACCUGGUAUCCUACCACAACAUCGACCACUGCUGCUUGCGCCCCAAGGAAAGGGAUCUCCUGACAUGGAGAACUUCCAACAUGGUCCAUCCUUCAUGUCUACAGAGUACAAAACCAGGUUCACACCAAAGGCAACUCAUCACCCAGGCCUAACCCAAAGAGCAAAGAUUGGAGAAAUGGAAAAUUCUGGAUUCACGGAAGGAUCAAAUUUGGAACCCAUAACCCAUGAUCCCUUUUCACAGCAUCGUGUGCCGAAGGGGUACCACCGUUUGAUGGGACACAGCAUUACCAAGACAGAUUUUCUACCAGCUUCCAUCUUGCAGGGUAGAGAGCCAUUACCAGCUUUGGCCAGAAACUCCGACAGAGACAGUGGUUUCUCCAGAGAACUAGAUCAAGUUCUUCGUACCAACGGUCCAUUGAACGACUGCCGACCCAGUGAUAAAGAUAAGAACAAUGAUGACCUUUUGGGCAGGAUGUUUGUUGGGAAGAAGGAGGCAUCUGGGUUCAGUAAGAAUAAUCUCACCUAUGUACAGUCAGAGAAGGAGACCCCACAACAAUAUCUGACCAACUACAACCUAAGGUUCUAUGACCGUGUAACCAAUGGUAGAGACAGAGAAGGAUGGACACGUGGUGGAAUCCAGAAACAACUGCACAGUGGCUUCUCUGUCAAUAAUGAAGUGCAUAUAACCAGCAUGUAGCAGGUUCCAAGGAAGAUUCUGAGCAACUCAAACCUCUACAGAGAUGAAAAUGUCUUACCUAUAACACAACCUAAAGCUAAAAUUAAAUAUCUCAGCACCAUAGCUCAUAUUCUGUACUGCUGCAGUUUGUGAACAUCAAAUUUUCUUAUAAUGUAGGUCAAACUUUGUGUCAAUGGCACUUUUUGUUGAAAGGUAUCAUCUAUGUCCAGUGGAGACAUUUGUCAUCUAUUUGAGUAGCCAAAGGGGCUCAAUGAUCACUGAAACCUAUACAACCAAUUUAUAUACAACUCAUAUAACCAAAGCAGCUUUGGAAAUAAUCUUAAAGGAGUUGUAUAACAUUCGGCACCCGAUCAGCCGUAUGAGGAGACGGUGAGCGCAGUGCGCACGUGCCGUCUCCGUACUUACUUCCUGUCCACUGCUGCCGUCUAUGGUCUUUUCCAUAGAUAUACAGCACCAGUGCAAAGGUAAAACAUCGAUUCAAAUUUACCACUAACAUGAAGUAUGAUGUGUCACAAGAAAACAAACUCAGAAUUGGUUUGAUAAGUAAAAGCGUUCCAAAGGUAUUACCAUAUAAAAUGACACGUCA